AUCUCUCCAGUGCAUCAAAUAUGGCAGACGCAUUUACUGCUUGUUGAAUAUGUUGCGGACUGCUGUGAUCGUUUUAUUGAAGCAAGUGCCUCAAAAGCGCCCUGACAGUGCCAUAAAGCGGCACGGAUGUAACUCGUGCGAGUAAUGAAGAGUCCCGCAAGCGUUGACAAGCGCAUCGUUCAUGGCGUCAGGCAAGCCCAAGCCUCCCGUGCCUCCAAAGCCCACGACGCUGCUCUCAGAGGCAGGCAACCGCCGGCCAGUCAUCACCGUGUCGCCGCUGACCGAGACGACCGGCCAAAGUCAUGCCAACGGCAUCACGAAGGAAGGUGACAGUCUGGAAGACCCCUGCAAGAAGGAAAUGGCUCACGAGGUGACGGUGGUAAUAGAGCACCGAGCAGAAGCGGAGGCCCUGUGCAACGGUUCGAACGACGCAAUGCCUGCGACCGACGACAAAGUCGACCCCACUCCGAGCACUAGCGCACAGCCAGUGCAAAAUGGCGAGUCUGAAGCGCAGUCCAAGGAUACGCAGCAGCCUUCAGAUAGCAGCAAACGAAAUACUAUAACAGAGGACUGGUCCAUCAAGGACAACGUUGAGUCGGGAGACGAAGCCUGCUGCACACGACUCUCGCAGCUCAUUCACCGCAAGGCAAAGGAACUCUCCACUCACCUGACAAAGCCGCCUAAACCACUCAAGCCUCUAAAGGAAAGCAAGGCGCUGCUGACACAAACAAAAAGCUUCGGCGACGAAAUUCCAGGAGGGAGGCACGGCAUCCGCUACGCCGAUGAAGACACCGAGGCCAGUUCGGACUACCAGGAUGUAGACUUCAGUAAGGUUGCGGUCGCAGAGGUGACUACUGUCUCAGUUCACAAGGAAGGCACACCCAAGCCAAUCGUUGAAGAAAACGAGUACGAAAUAGUCGAAGCGCCUCGUGAGGAGAUCAAACCCACGCCCCUGCCUGUUGCCCCCAUCAUGGUCAUCGUAGAGGACGAAGCGACCAAGCAGUCCAGCGUCGUGCCCGAGGCUACCCAGAAGAAGACGAGGUCUCUGGAAAAGCCGAAGAGGCCGCCACCACCCAAGCCGGAAGCGGCGAAGAAGCCGCGCGUCAGAUUUGGUGUCGAGGUGUUUCCCUCCGACAUCAUUGCUGCCAUGGCUGCGAAAAAGAAAGGCACCGCGACUGAAUCGAGUGUGUCUCAGUUGGUGCCGGCUGACGCGGAAGCGGCUUUGGCAAAGGACGCACCUUCGGACAAACAGCCGCAAGAGGAGCCUGCUCUGGAAAAUCCCAUUCUCGUCCGAGUCAAGGAGAGGGAAGAGCCAAGUCCCGUACUUUCGACCAAGAUGCCAAAGUCAAUGUUUCCGCAGUCGUCUCCCACGAAAAAGGUGAAGCCCCAGCGACCUCCCCCUCCAAAAAUUCCCGCUUCGACGACUCAUCCGACUUGCUCGCCACCGCCUCCCCCUUCAUCACCUCCCAGCUCCCUGGAGGAGCCAACAGCUUCACCCGCUAGUGCUGCACCGAUUACGACGUCUGAAAGUGCUCCCGUUGUGACAGACGAAAGCAAGAGUCCAGAACUUGUCGAAAGUGCUGCUUCCGAACCUUCGGCAGUCGCUAAAGAAGAAGCUGAAGUCAUUCCAACUGAAGUGCCUUCGUGUUCCCCCGUUGUAUCUCAGGAACCUGUGAUAGAAAGCGAAGUGAUAUCCGCUGCAGCAAAAACCACUGUGGAUGCUUCCAAGUCUAGUGAAACGCCACGGAAGAAGCGGACGCCUCCGCCAAGGCCGCCACCUCCCAAGUGCAAGCCAAAAUUGACUGAGAUGGCGGCAAAGCCGACAGUUUCGCAAAAGCCAGUGGUUUCACAAAAGCCUGUAACUCCAAAGAAGCCCGUGCCUUUGCAGCGACAGGUCGUCUCGCCGUCGUCAUCAAAGCAAGCAGUUCAGUCUGCCACGAAUGAGUAUAGUCAGACGGACGACCUUGUAGUGUUUCGUGCAAAGAACAUCGUAGCUGACCUCGACGCCCUCUUGGCUCAGAGGGAAGCAGAAGAAGCUGCACGAGUGAAGAAUGUGUCGUGCAUCGAGGCGUCUCUCAAAACAAUGGCGCGGGAAGCCGCACAUCAGUUUAAGCAACCCGAGGAUUCAAUGUGCGGAACCCUUGAUAUCAAAAUGGAAGACACUCCUCAGGCUCCACCGCGAAAGCGGCGCCAGCGCUCGAGGACGGUGGAGGCAGUCAGGGUCACAGGAGACGAGCAUUGCAGGCAACCACGGAGGAGCCACUCACUGUCUGAAGCCGAUAUUCGAAUCAGGACGGCCCAGAGGCUAGGCCAAGGAGAGAGUUCUGACGUUGCAGCUACCAUAACCGAAACGUUUGUGAUGGUGUUGGAGUCGCCUCUUACGAAAAAGGAGCUGAAGGACCUGUACACGAACGUCACAGUUGCCCCUACGAAAGACCGUCGCUUCAAGGAGGUUCCGAAGCCAACGCCCACGACUGGAAUGCGUUUCAGACCCCUUCCACCUCCUCCACCGCCACCACGAGGAAGAUCUAAGUUACCGACUUCAUCUGCUGCAAGUUCUUUCGACGAGAACCCUUCAACGCCUCCAGCAGCUGAAAGUGAACCUCCGAGCGCCGAUCCGAUCGAAGCUCCCGCCCAGGAGCCGAGCGAAAGCCCAGUAGCACGCGAAAGCGUCGAAAUGAGGACGAGUCCGGCUAAGCACGAUUCCAAGCGUGACUCUAAACGUGAUUCCAAGCGUGAUUCCAAACGCGAUUCCAAGUCCGAACCGCACAGCCGGCAAAGCCCAAAGAGCGGAAGCACAUCUCCGAAGGUUCGCUGGGAGAACGGGGAGCCGAAGUCAUUCCGGCUUUCCAACAGCACCUUCUACGGUCCGCCGCUCGAGAUUCCACCAGAGGCGCAACGGGGUGCCGAGUCACCUAGCACAGAGCCCAACGCCAGCAGCGAGAAGUCUCGGUCCAGCUGGUACGACGACAGCGACGCGUCAGGCGACGUCGCGGAUGUCGACUCGCCGGCCGUGCCCAGCGACACUGACCCCGCAGUCAGCUCACGCAGGUCUGACUCCUCCCCUGGCUCAGUACAGCGGUCGAAGACGAGGUUGAAGGAGAAGAAACGCGCAAGCGCGAAAUUUUACUGUGACGUAGAGGGGGAGCGGGAAAGUUCGACGGAUAGAGAUGUGCCACCACGCACCCCUUCCAGGGCGAGCGGUUCAGACAGGGCGCUCGAGGCGGCGGAGAACAAAGGGGAAGACACGGAUGAACUCCUCGAGAUGGCUGAAGGUCUGCAGAAGGAGAUGACGCAAGUGUUGGUGGAAAGACAGAAGAGGCUGCUCGAAACGUUUGACAGCGAGCUGUCGGCGCAGAGGGCGGAGAGCGAAUCCAGGGAGCACCGGUUGACGGAAGAGAAGGACUCGCCUUCACUCAUGCCUCGCAAGGACCUCCCCAGCACCCACUCGUCUGCCUCAGAGGUGAGCUGGCAGGGAUCGUCGGAAGAGGAGAGCGAUGGGGAGGAGACACGGAACAUGUCACUGGACGAGGCUGCCCGACACCGUCGCAAGCGCAAGUGCAUGUACAUUGCCCGGGAGAUAGCCAGCUCAGAACAGGCUUUCGUCGAUGCCCUGCACCUGCUGAACACGGACUUUAGGGAAGCCGUACGAGCAGCUAGCGAAGAGCGCGGCUCGCCGAUCGUCCCUGACGACGUCCUGGACCAGAUCCUGAAGCACCUGCCUCAACUGGUAGACUUGAAUGAGGAGCUCCUCGGGCAGCUACAAGAGCGUGUAGACAACUGGGAAGGCAGGGAGAAGGUGGCUGACGUCCUCAUCAAGAUGGGUCCAUUCCUCAAGCUGUACUCGUCGUACAUCAAGGACUUUGAAUCCAUGACAGCUGCUCUGGAGGAGGCCAAGCGCAAGUACCCAGAGUUCCAGAAGGUUGUCCGCACUUUCGAGCAAAGCCCUCGCUGCCGGCAGUUGACCCUACCGCAGUACAUGCUCAAGCCAAUCCAGCGGAUACCCCAGUACCGACUUCUGCUCACUGACUACGUGAAGAACUUGGAAGUGGAAACGCCCGAGUACAGCGACGCCUGCGCCGCUCUUGAGAUCGUCUCCCAGGUGGCCGAGCAUGCCAAUGAGACCAUGAAGCUUGGGGACAACUUCUCCAAACUUAUGUCGCUCCAAAACAGGAUCUCUAACCGUUACGAGGUGCUGAAACCGGGAAGGGCUUUCUUGAAGGAAGGUGAGCUGAUGAAAGUCUCUCGCAAGGAGAUGCAGCCAAGGUACUUCGUUCUGUUCAGCGACAGUCUCCUGUAUCUAGUGCCAACGCCCCAGGGGUUCUACAGGGUCAACUAUGAGCUCCCCUUGUCGGGCAUGAAGGUGAUGGUGCCUCCACAACAGGACUACCAGAACGAGUUCAGCGUCUACACCACAAAGCGUUCCUUCAUCUUGUCUGCCAGCUCACCAGAGGAACGGGAGGAGUGGAUAUCUGCCGUGACCAAAGCCAUUGAGGACAACAUUCAUCGCAAGAGCUCUUUCCACGUCCUCAAAAAGGAGGGUUCGCAGUCCUCGUCAAGCUCCGAGCUGGGCCGUGAGGCGCCCGUGUGGAUUCCCGACCAGCGGGUGACCAUGUGCCAGCUGUGCACGAGCGGCUUCACCUUCACCCACCGGAGGCACCACUGCCGCGCCUGCGGCAAGGUCAUCUGUGCCACCUGCUCCUCGCACCGGCUGCCCCUGCCCUACUUGGGCAGCGACAAGCCCGUCCGCAUCUGCGACGACUGCUUCCGCUCCCUCCAGUGUGGCGGUGAGCCGAGGGACCACCCAGAGGCAGAUGGGGACGGUGACCAAAGCCAGGGGAGAAGGAAGAAACACGGUGGAGUUCUCCAGGAGGUCGCGGCAAACGAUCUGGGUUCGUCGAUGAGUGGCUACCUGCAUUAUUGGUCUAAGAAAGCUUGGAAGCGACAGUGGUUUGUCAUCAAGGAACACGUGCUGUACGUCUACAAGGCAAGCGAGGACGUGGCCGCUCUUCGGACGGUGCCGCUUCUCGGUUACCAAGUGGGUGCGGUCAGUAAGGGCUUCGAAGAAGUUCCACGAGAGCAGCUCUUUCUUCUAGAACACACGGGACUUGACCCGCUUAUCUUCUAUGCGGACACAUCAGAUCUUGCAGCAAGAUGGCGGGAGGCGAUGGAAGAGGCGACAAAACUCACCUGAGCCAACAGUAAUCACUGCAAAAAAACGACCAGAUCAUAACAGCAGCAGCCUCACGAAAGAAGGUGUCCGUUCCAGCCGAGAGUCGACGAGACUGUUUCGAACAUUGUAAAACCACGUUUGGGAGUUUUUCUUCCAGUUGUAACUCGGCAUCAAGCAAACCAGUCGAGAGAGCCUCGUUACCUUUGGGUGAAAAAAGAAAAAAAGAGGAAACGCCGAGGCUGCAGGGAACGCCUUAUCCACUUACGUCGCCUCGGCCUCGCAAGUUGCAAUCUCAUCCUGCAAAAAAAAGAAUCGCCAGCAAGUUGUCGUGCCUUACGAAUUGUAACCGCCUUCCCGUCCACGUGAAAAACGAGGCGUAGCCACAGUUGGUGAGGUGUCUGGAGACACAACUGGCUGCUAGCAGGAAAAUCAAACGGUCCUUCUUUCGUAUGUGUAUUUUUGUGUGUGUAUGUAUGUGUGUGAAAACUCGAAACAUACCGACUGACAUCGGCAUGCAGGGGCAUCUUAACAUCCGCUCUUCUUUCUUUUUUUUUUUACGUAUCUGCCUCUUUUCAAUACAUUUUUCAUUUUUUCCCCCUUCAUAGGUUCCUCGCGUGAGAUGUUGGGUCUCGCAUCAGCAUAUCGUGCCAUUCCCCCGGGCCGCGCUUCUUAAUUUAUUGCUGCCAUCGCGGCGUGAAAAUCGCCAAAAAAAAAAACGUUUGCAUUGCCUCGUUAGCUUGUGCAGCCCUCCUAACUUCGUUUGUUCCUUGUACAAACUUGCGUACACUUACUUCCUGAACGUGUCUUGCAGUGUUCACCGAUAGUUCGUGCAAUUGCGAGGAGCCUUACUUAUCGUGUAUUUUUACGUAGAUUGUUGAUCAUUUGUGAAGACGGAGUUUCAGUUUUAGCGAAGCGGUCGUGAUCGAUUUUAACGAUGCGUAUCAUGUUUUUAGUACCGAUCUUCGGCGAUCUUGUCAAAUGGUCCACCCCACUUGCAGGUUGAUUGCGCGCCGAGAUGUCUAGCCAGAAGAAACAGUUUAAGGAAGCAUCCAUGCUUCGCUUCCAGCCUGUUGUGAUGAAGCCUUGCUUCGGAUACCACGUUGUCAAAUGAAUACGUCAAUUCCUCGGGUUUGUUCACCUGUUUUACCUCCGCAUUGAGGCCGAUUGCACGCAAAGCAGCAAAACUGCAUGCGAAGCUAAUUGCUUUGCAUGAAGUUUUAUCUGCGUAAUGAUGCGAGAAUCGCGCUCUACUUCACGGUGUUUUUGAGCCGCCUCACAGACAGUUUGAAAGGUGGAGGCGUUUUAUAGAUUGUUGCUUACGAACAGCUCCGCACCACUCCAUGCCUUUUUGCAUCGGACGAGCUAGAGACUACACAGACAGAGUUGUGAUUACCACCGUGCCUUUUUUUUUAUAUAUAACUUAACAGGAUGCUACGCGAAUCCAAGUUGUUAGUUGGGGCUGUAUGCAAUGUCGAAACGAGGAAGGCAGUUGUUAAAUUUUUUUUCAACCAGUUUGAAUGUUCAAUCUUUUGAUAGUAUAUAAUAUAUAUGAUAUAUAUAUAUUUGCUUUGUAAAUAAAACAGUUGCCAAUG